AUGCGUCUGGACACUUACACCGGUGUCUGGGAGGCCAUGCCACCACCAGCGCCCCUAUCAGUCGCGAUUGGUAAAGGAAAAGGCAAGGCUGUGGAGCCCACACUCGGUCCGUUGGCGUCCGAGCUCUCGCAGAUGUUAGAUGUUGCGUACGGCAAUGUCGCUAAGGCCUCUGCCGUAGCAGCUGCGGUUAUUGAGUCAGGGGACACCAUGCCAGAAGAGGAGAUAUGGGAGGCAUGGGCGAGGACGGCGGAGGCCAACCAGCAACGGGAUCACUGGGUGAAGGAGACAGAUUGGGAUCGGUGGGUGGAGGAGACAGUAUAA